CUAGGAGGAGGGGGGAUGGGUGCACGAUCGAGAGAAGGAGUAUGCGACAACAACGUUCUCAUAAACAUGACCAACAACAGCAACGGUUGCUACGACGACGAAAAUCACAGCCAUCACGGAACCAGCUCUACAUCGGGCACAAACACACUCAACAAUAACAGCAAAGCCAGCACCCCUCCCCUCCAUCUCUACAACUCUGAUGCAGACACAGCCGGAUCAAGAAUAUAUCCAGGAAGAGCAACGCAACAAUCACAACGACCAUCAUCCACGGCGACGCCGCCUUUCAAACAUGCUGUCGGAUACAAGAAAGUUUGGUAGUCUGUACGGUGAUCGACUCAAGUACCAACAGCAAGAAGAUCCAGACGCUUAUCGAUUUACCUACUAUUCUCCUUCCGAACCAUCAACUAUCCAUGCACGUUCCAUCAGCGAAAUACCGUCCAAUGGCGAUCAGCUGAGCGCUAUGAUCAAGAAGGGCUGUUUUUGGAUCGAUGUUUUGUCCCCAACGGAUGCCGAGAUGAAAGCACUCAGCAAGAUUUUUCACAUACACCCGUUGACCGCAGAAGAUAUUACCAUGGAAGAGCCAAGAGAAAAAUGCGAAGUUUUCAAGAAUUACUAUUUCAUUUGUUUCCGCACGUUUGAUCAAGAUCAGUAUUCAAUCAAUUACCUCCAGCCCAUCGGCAUGUACAUAAUUAUCCUCAAAGAAGGCAUCCUCACUUUUCAUUUUCGACCUAUGCCUCACCCAUACAGCGUCAGAAAGCGGAUCAAACAGUUAAAAGAUUACAUCAAUGUUACGCCAGACUGGAUUUGUUACGCGAUCUUGGACGACAUCACCGACUCCUUUGCACCACUGAUAAGAAUGAUUGAGUUUGAAGUAGACUCGAUUGAUGAGCUUGUACUUAUUCUCAAAGAAUCGGAACAGUCAGAUAUGUUACGGAGGAUUGGCUACUGCCGCAAACGAAUGAUGGGUCUGUUGCGACUUUUGGUCAGCAAAGCUGACGUUGUCAAGACAAUGAUCAAACGGGGUGAGACACAGGCGGUCGAUGGAACCCGUCCAGCAUUGUCGAGUGAAGUGGCUUUAUAUCUCGGUGACGUACAAGAUCACCUCAUCACUAUGCUGCAAUCCCUGAACCACUAUGAGAAGAUAUCGUCACGAUCGCAUUCCAACUACCUUGCUCAAAUAUCCAUUGAAAUGACGCAAACCAACAACGAGAUCAACGACGUGCUUUCUAAGCUUACUGCAUUAGGAAGUGUGCUUAUUCCCAUGAACCUCGUCACUGGUCUGUGGGGCAUGAACGUUAUCGUUCCUGGACAGUUCCGUGAGGACUUGACGUGGUUCUUUUCUAUCAUGUGCUCGAUCCUUACAUUCUGUAUUUUAUCCACACUCCUUAUGAGAUAUUACAGAAUUGUUUGAUUUGCUUUUACUGCUACCACAUCCUUUGUCACUACUACAAGAAACUUACUAGAUCAUAUAAGCAUCCUGUCUUACUGCCCUCCCCCCCCCCUUCUUUCGCAUUCUUUUUCUCUCAAACAUUCUGUUAAAUCUUAUAAACAGAUAUUUUGCUUCUAAUCUAACGUUGGAAAUAUUUGUUCACUUCGCGUGAUAGUGAAUAUUAAAACGUAAAUGAUGAUGCCUUUUUGGGUAUUUUGAUGUUAG